AUGCCGCGGGCGGGCGGAGGCAACCAGAGCGCGGUCACGCCGGUGUGCUGCGGCAGUAGCACGAGCGCGCUGGGAUACCGGGCACGGACGCCGGGGUGCCGGCCGCAGUUGGAGACGAGAAACAAGGGUCUACUGCAGCUUGGACUGCUCAGCCGCCCUGGUGCUGCAAAGAGCGCACUCUCUACUCGGCUGCUGGUGAUGGACUUGAGUGGUCUUUGGUCUUUCGACGUGUCAACUGGGCUAGUUGAUCAGAGUAGUCUGGAAUUGUCCAUGCUCGACGAACACUACACUUAA